GAUUCGGCGCUGUUUGGGGCAGCGCAAGCCCCGGGGUCACCCGUUGGAGGGAAUGACGAUGACCAACCUCCCGCCUUGCUCAGGAGAUGGCAACUGCUAUUACAUCCUGACCGAAGACUGUUCCUAUGGCAGCAAGUUGUUCCAAGCUGGAAACCUGUGUUUCUGCAGCGAGAGGAGUUACCUGCGCAACUUCUCUGACGACAGACGCCCCACUUGCUUCUUGAGGGUCAUCAUGUUGGAUGACAGCUCCACGGUCACCAUCAACAUGGAGAUCCUUCAACCUGUGCCUGAGAAGGUGGCCUCCUUCCUCCUGGCCGUCAGCAGCCACUGUGAAAGGUUGAACUGCUUCUUGGACAGGGUGAACCUCGAGGCAGCUCUGAGGGCUCUGCCUGGCCACAGGGUGAUGGCUAAGGUUGAGCACCAGUAUUUCCCUGGAAUCAUCCGUUAUAUUGGGAGCAUUUAUAGAAGCACUGCUGUGUUGUCUCCCUUCUUCUUUGGGGUGGAGUUGCAGGGUGAAGGAGAAAACAGAGGGCGCAGUGAUGGGUCCUGCCGUGGCACGGAGUAUUUCAAGUGUAAGAAGAACUGUGGGAUCUUCCUGCCAUUUACCAAAGUCCAGUUUGUUCCAGAUGACAACUAUGGGAAGCAGAAGCCAAAAGCAGACACGGAGGAGGUAGUCCCUGUGAAAGUGGGAGAUGCAGUUAGCUUCUUUGUGGAUGAGGUCCUCACCAAAGGAAUAGCCAUGGAAGUUUAUAGGAAGGGAACCCAGUGGCUUGUUAAAAUCUGUCCGGAAGAAGAAGGAACAACUGACAUUUUCAGAGAAAUCCCUCUGGAUUCUGUUGUGAAGGAAAACUUGCAAAGUUUAUUUUCACCCUUUGAGUCCAACAUGGGCUUGGAACCCCCAAACCAGAUGAAACAAGAGGUCAGUGAGAGCAGUGAGGAGUGUGACGGGGGGAAUUCAGCCCUGGAAGUGAACUCCAUGGUCCAGAUCACCUUGGACAAAGGAACUCGGGUUUCAGGAAUCAUCCGCUGGUUGGGCUACCUGCCCCAAAUUGAGCACAAGAUGGCAGGAGUGGAACUGGAUGAAGAUAAGGGGGUCAGUGAUGGUGAAUGGUUGGGCAAAUACUACUUCCACUGUGCUCCCAAGCGUGGCCUCUUCGUGAAGCUUCAGUGCUGCCAGCCCGAUGUUCGCUUCCAGAGUUCACACAGCAGUUAUUUGAGCCUCAUAGAUUAUGGAGGACAAGAAGUUCUUCCCCAGGCUCCAGACAGUUUUCCUCCUCUCAGGAACGAGGCAGCAGUGCGUGUCCUGCGAGGGCGGAUGAAGGGGAUACAAGGCCAUUGUAAUUCCUGCUAUAUGGAUGCAGCUCUCUUCAGCCUCUUCUCCUGUACAUCUGUGGUGGACUCCAUGCUCUUCAAGCCCUUCCAGCUGUGUGAUAGGAACGUCCAGAGCAUUCUGAGGGAUGAGAUUGUUAAUCCCCUCCGAAGGACUGGCUUUGUCAAUGCCAAGAGUGUGAUGCACCUCAGGGAGCAGUUGACUGACAAGGGCCAGUGCUCAAGCUUUACCAAUGCUGAGAAAGAUCCUGAGGAAUUCCUCAAUCUCAUCAUGCAUCAGAUUCUGGGGAUAGAACCACUCUUGAAACUGCAGUCAGGAGGCCAGAAGGAGCAGGACUGUUACUGUUACCAGAUAUUUAUGGACAAACAGGAGGAUCUGGUGGUUCCUGACGUGCAGCAGUUAGUGGAACGCUCCUUCCUGUCCUCUGAUCUGAAGCUAGUGGAGAUCCCAUCAUGCUUCAUAAUCCAAAUGCCACGUUUUGGGAAGGAAUACAAAAUGUUCAGCAAAAUCAUUCCUUCCUUGGAGCUGGAUAUAACAGAUCUGCUGCUUGACAGUCCCAGGGAAUGCUGCUUGUGUGGAGAUGUUGCCACCCUGGAGUGUUCAGAGUGUUUCAAAGACAAGGUGUUUGCAGCUACAGGCCUGAAGCAGUUCUGCAGCUCCUGCUCCAGACAGGUUCACUCCCACUACCACCGCAAAACGCACAAGCCAAGAGAGCUUCACAUCCCAGAGGAAUUCCGCACCCGGAGCGCCCGGGGCUGCCAGCAGGUCCCUCAUGAGAAGAUGGAGCUCUUUGCAGUGCUCUGCAUCGAGACCAGUCACUACGUCUCCUUUGUGAAGUAUGGCCCUGAGAAUGACCACUGGAUGUUCUUCGACAGCAUGGCUGACAGGCACGGUGGUGAAAAUGGCUUCAACAUUCCCACAGUAACACUGUGCCCUGAAGUUGCCAAGUACUUGGACUUGCCACUGGCUGCGCUGGCUCUGAAGCAGCCUCGGGACAUGGAUGGAGUGGCCAAGCGCCUCUUCUGUGAUGCCUACAUGUACAUGUACCAGAGCAAGAAGAUGGCACUUUACAAGUGACCCUGGUGCUGCAGAGUACUGAGGUGUUGGAAACAUGAACAUGGAUCAACCCUGGAGCUUGGCACCAGGGAGAGCAGCCAAGUCUGGGUACACCAAACGUGCACUUGAGCCUCUUCUUGCCUCUGCCGCUGUCUGGUAUGAAGGUGUCCACAGCAGCCUGGGUUAGUUAAAUCCUGUCAUGUGAAAGUUUGUACCUGCAGCAGACCUGGAUUCUGGAUUCUUCACACUCAAAUCCAUUCUUCUUUCCUCCCUUCCCUUUCCUCUCUCUUUCUUCCCCACUUUGUAGCUCUGCCCUACCUCAGAGUCCUCCCCAACAUCCUUUUCUCCCUUCCACUGAUGAGAUAAGGACCAGCAUUUAAGGAAAACAUGGACAGUUAUCCAGCUGAGGACCAGUAUUUAAUCGACAGGAACGGUUCUCCUCAGGUUUGCAAGGAGCACAAAAACCCACAGCAUGGCCCUGCAUAACCCAUCUUCACAUGGACUUGUGCAGUGAGAAACCCAGGAGCUGUGAACUGCACCACGUUGUGAAGAGGUGGGUCAGGAUGAGGGUUCCUUGAGGUCUGGGUUGUGCCCCACACCUAAAGGUGGGUCCCUGUGGCUGCACUUCCCUUAUCCAGCACUAAACUCUGGCACUUGUACCCCCCCGUCCCUAUUUUCAACCAUGAGGUCACUGGAUGUCUUGACCUGCAAAUAGGUUUUAAAAUCCAUGUUUCUGUCCAUAACAAAACUGGAAGAAAGAUGGAACAGGA